AAUUUUAUUGAUUGCGAUGCGAAGUGAAAAUUGCUAUUUCAUUGAUAAAGGAGUUUAAAAUCUUUAAUCCUCUUCAAAGCAACAAAUUGUUGCUUUUAUUUUGUAUAAAAAGGCAGAAAAACCGCCAAAAUUGCGUUCUACUCAAACGGAGACGGCUCCCCCAUGGCUAAGCCAGUGCUAUAUUCUUACUGGCGCAGCUCAUGUUCGUGGCGGGUGCGCAUCGCACUCAAUUUGAAGGAGAUACCAUAUGACAUAAAGGCAGUGAGCUUGAUCAAGGGAGGCGGAGAGCAACACUGCAAUGAGUACCGGGACGUCAACCCUAUGGAGCAAGUCCCUUCGUUGUGCAUAGAUGGGCAUACAUUGGUAGAAUCACUGAGUAUCCUGCAUUACUUAGAAGAGACUAGACCUCAGAGACCACUCAUGCCAGAAGACUGCUACAAACGCGCCAAAGUGCGUGAAAUAUGUGAGGUGAUAUCCUCGGGCAUCCAGCCUCUCCAGAAUCUCAUCGUGUUAAUCCAUGUCGGAGAGGACAAGAAGAAGGAGUGGGCCCAGCAUUGGAUCGUACGUGGGUUCCGUGCAGUUGAGAAAUUGCUGCAAGCUUCCGCUGGGAAGUAUUGUGUUGGAGACGAGAUCACUCUGGCUGACUGCUGCCUGAUACCGCAAAUUUUCAAUGCUAGACGAUUCCACGUGGACCUCCGAGCGUUCCCGAUCAUCCUCCGCAUCGACCGCGAGCUCGAGAAUCACCCGGCCUUCCGCGCGGCCCACCCCAACGCCCAGCCCGACUGCCCGCCCGAAGCCGCCAAAUGAGAUGACGCCCCCGCCCUCGCCCAAAUGCGAAUAUUGGCGAGUGUGGGACAAGAAGACUACUGGUCGUCUGGUGAUGAAGCUGAUGAGUAUCGAUAAACAUUCCAUAGAUUUAAGGGCGUUUCUGAGAUUUUCAUUGCUUUAAAACUAAAACUUUGGUGAACUCUGGAUAGUACUUUUUACCUACGCUACGUAGUCUACGUACGUACGUUAAUAACUUUUUGCAUUCCCACUAGGAGAUUGUUUUGUUGAUUACUUGGAACAUCUCAGAAUCGCCCCACUUAUGUACUAGUACUACCUACACACCUGACGGAUAUUUUUGAAACUUAGGUCUAAAAUUUCUGACUAACAGCAAUUUAUGUGUGCCAAAAUAGAAUUUUGGUCAUUUCUAGUUCUACAAACAAAAGAUUAGUUUCAAUAAAAUCCGUCGGCGUUAGCAAUAGUUAAGAUGAAAAUGUAGCCCAUCAUGGGUCAUUCUGUGAAGUCGACUUCACCAUUUUACUCGUACAAUGUUUCGGCUUAGUGACUGAAAUAUACCUAGUUGAUAUUAUAGUUUAGCCAGGUUCUAAAAUAUUAAAAAACAUCCGUUUGAUACACUCUGCAGUCAAAAGUUUGAGAAUUUUGAGCACAAAUAGCCAUAUUUUUUGUAACAAUAAUGUUUGUAUUGUGUAUACAAAUCCUGACUUAAGUGUGGUUUUUACGUACCUACAUCUCAUUGUGAAAUACUCAUAAUGCGCACAUAAGUAAGUUACAACAAUAAGCAUAUCUACCUUUUUACUCGGUAAUCAUAUUUUAAUCAUUGGGUGUUAGGUACAGGCAAAGACUAAAUAGACAUCAUUUGUUUCAAAUUAGCAUCUAUUACAACAGUGUUAAUGUACCGUCGUAUAUUCUUAACAAACUUGCCUGGCCUGUUCCUUACACCCUGUAUAAAGUAUCCACUAGUACUAGUUAAGUAUCUACGUAAUCCAGUUAAGUACUACAUAAACACUUAAUAAUCAAGUAAAAUUAGGAAGCCAUAAACGUUAGAAUAUUCUUAUACCUAAGUAAUUGAGUACCUAUAGAAUUCCUUCAACAAGUAAGUGGCAAUAAAACAACAUUGCGUGGACGGUAAAAAAACUCGAAUAUUAAAUAUUUAUGGUAGUGCUAUAGGAUAGGUAUACAAAUUUUACAAAUAGCACGAUCCUCUGGAUUUUUUUGGAUUAAACAAAAUUCGAUGUUAUUUCGAAAUUCCCCAUUGGCGCGAAAAAAUUGCAAAUAUUAGGUCCCCAAAUAAAACAUUGUCUGGAGAUUAUCCAAUUUUUAGCAUUUUUAUAGAAAUGUACUCAACUAAUAGUAUGAUGUUCUUAGUAUAGUCCUAGAGGAAAGAUUUCAUUCAUGUAGCCUAUAAUAUUUUAGUGUGGGUCGUUUUAAGUGAAGAUACAAUCAGCAUCAAUUAUUCAAUUGCUUUAAAACAGAUGAAAAAUACCGCAUCAUCCAAUUUAGUAUCUACGCAUUUUUUAACGAAUUCACAUACAGAAGACUAUUUUGAAGCUGAUUGUACUCUUUUACUCAAUUUUACAGUAAUUUUUGUGCCAUUCUGUAACCGUGUUAAACAUAUUAUUGUAUCUUUAGAUACCUAUUU